AUGGACCCUCUAUCUGUGGUCUCGGGCAUUUCUGGGACCGUGGCAGUUGGGGCCAAGGUGCUUGUGGCCCUGCACGGAUUUGCAAAGGGAGUUAAGUCAGCGCCGGAAGAACUGAAGCUCCUCACCCGGGAACUAGAGGACCUCUGCAAAAUCAUGGAUAAUUUCCGGAAGAAGACGGGGGGGCAUGUGGUGAAUCAGGGUAUUGAAGACAGUUCGGCGGCUAUACUUGAUAUAUUCAUGCAGCUCAACCAAUUGAUAACGGAGCACACGGUUUCCAAGAAGGACGGGUUCCUCAAGAAGGGCUGGAAGCAGGUCAAAUGGCAUUACAUCGAAAAGGACAUUGCCGAUUUGCGGGUACACCUGAAUUCAAACAAGGGGAAUUUGCUUGUUGCAUUGACACUUGCAAAUGAGUGAGUCUGGUCGUCUCCCCGUACAAUGGGGAUAUCCAUACUCCAAACAGGUACUAAUCGAGGGUGCAAUGAAUUGGUCAGGCUUCAGAACGGCCACUCAAAUAUGAAACUAGAGAGGGUUCAGGGGGCGCUCGAGGAAGUCAUUGAGAGGCUCCAAGAUCACAACACGAAAACCGUGGCUACCUGUGAGAGUUUCACAUUGCAAAGAUGGCAGGAUGUCCCCUCCACGAUUGCACCUUCGUCACGUCCGGCAACCCCGAAUGGUCAGACUUCUGCCGCUCGUUCGGAGUCUGGGAUACUCUCAGAGGCAGGGUUCUCAGAGAGGAGUAUUCCGAUGAGCGCAUAUCAGUUCAAUGAUAUGGGGAACAGAGGGAAAGGGGUUUUGGUCUCGGACGGAACGCAGACAAAGGCGUAUACGGUGAAGGCCGGCUCGAAAAAGAAAGCAUCCAAUCCGAAGCCUCCGGAGGCGGGAGUUACCAGAGCAGGGUCUCCUGCAAGCUCUUCCAAACCGCAAACCAGAUCCAUGAAGCCGACACCACUCUCCAGUAUACCGGAACCUGAAGAGGGAGAUGCGGUUCUGGAAGCUAAAGACUACGGCAAACUAGAGAUGGCUGCGGUCAGUCGAACGGUCAAGAGGGAUCCGAGCAAAAGUGAACGUCUUCAGCCAAGCGGAGCACUCCGCGGGGUGCGGCAUCGUCUAAAGAAUCUCCGCAAGGCCGGGCCAAAGGCCAACACAAGAACAGUCCCGGAGGACUUAGAGCAUGGUGGGGUUGUGCAUGGACCGCGAGAUACCCCUCUGGCUGAAAAAGCGCCGGCGCCGACCCCUAGCGGAUCUCCGAAGCUCGCGAUGGAGAAAUUUCUACAAAAUCAGGAUUCAGCACCAAAGGACACAUCCAACAACCCGAUAAACUCUCGGAAGCUGGUGGUGGUAAGGAUAUCACCACGAUCAGACCUCUUCGCGCAGCCGUUCUAACAGGGGGUCUAGAGGAAAGCACACGCCAUCUGGCCGCCCCAACAUGAUGGCGUCCUGAGCGCCGGCAAGCUCGAUAUCGGUCCACCCCUCUUCCUCGAGCCGAUAGAAGGCUCGACCUAUUCGCGAGACGACAGCUUCCUUCUGAGCCGCGACCAGUUCGUUCGAGUGAUAAGCUACACCGACCCAGGAUGGUUUUACGGCCAGGUUUACCCCGGUGGACUGAUACUGCAAUUCCAGAGGUCCGACUUCCGCAUCGCAGUCUCUCCGACGGAGGAGGAGCUCCAGGAGGUUCUAGCUAUGCAGGUUAAGGCUUUGAUAGGAGAACCAGAAAGGCUGAAGGGGCUGAAUGCCGGACUGGGGAUUGGUGGCGUUGAUGCAUCCAAACAUACGUUUGGGAUGGCUGCAGUUGCCCCGCGAAUCCCGGUGGUGGUCACAUGA